AUGCCGCCUAAGAAGAAGGGAAACAAGAAGAACCAGCAGGACGACUGGGAGGCCGAGCUGGGCGAGACCAUUGCCCCGCCUGCCGAUGCCAACGGUGCUGAUGGCGAUGCCAACGCCGACGACGACGACGAGGGUGGCGCCGGUGGCCUGAUGGCUACACUACGCAAGAACAAAGAGAAGCGCAAGAAGAAGGGCAUUGUCGAACCCGAGCCCACCGCCGAGGAGCCCACCGCCGAGGAGCCUGCUGCCGAAGAGCCCGCCGUUCAAGCACCCGUCGAGGCAAACAUCGACGACGAGUUCGCUCUACCCGAGAAGAAGGGCAAGGGUGGCAAGCAGAACAAGCAACCCGCCAAGAAGGCCGAGCCCGCUGCCACCGACGAUGCUGAUGGUGGUCGUAUGUUGACCAAGGCCGAGAAGGAGAAGCUCAAGAAGGAGCGCGAGAAGCAGCGAAAGAAGGAACAGGCCGCCGCCAAGAAGAAGGGAGGUGCCCCUGCUGCUGCUCCCAAGGCUGAGCCCGAGAAGGUUGCUGCCCCUGAGGUGAAGGAGGAGACCGCCCCUGAAGAGGCCGCCCCCGCCGCCGACGCGGGAGGCAAGAAAAAGAAGCUCCCUCCUCAUCUUGCCAAGCUACAGAAGCAGCAGGAAGAGCUCAAGCGUCAACGAGAAGAAGCCGCUAAGGCUGACGCCGAGGCUAGGGCCAACGCCGAGGAGGAGGAUCGCCUGGCUGCAGAGGAAGAGAAGCGUCGUGAGGAGGCCAGGGCUCUCAAGAAGCAGAAAGACAAGGAGCGUAUCGAGCAGCUCAAGAAAGAGGGCAAGUACAUGACCAAGGCUCAGAAGGAGGAGAAGGCUCGAAACGAACGAAAGCUUCAGCAGAUGUUGGCUGCUGGUAUCCAGGUCGGACCCGCUGAGACUGGCGAGAAGGCCGAGAAGAAGUCCAAGCCUACAGACACAAGGAGAAAGAAGGGCCGCGCCCAGCAGAUGCUCGAUGAGGAGAAGGCCCUCGCCGAAGCUGCAGAGCGAGCACGACAAGAGGCCGAGAAGGCUCUGAAGGAAGCCGAAGAGAAGGCCGCUCGCGAGAAGGCCGAGGCCGAUGCCAAGGCUGCCGCCGAGAAGAAGGCCGCCGAGAGCGAUGUGGAAGACGACUGGGAGGCCGCUGCUGCUUCUGACGGCGACGUUAAGGACAGUUGGGAUGCUGACUCCGACGCUGAGGAAGCUGGAGAGGCGAAUGGCACAUCAAAAGCAAAGGCCCAAAAGGGAUCUGAUGAUGACUCUGAAGAGGAGUCUUCUGAUGACGAGGCCGCCACAGCCAGACAGCUAGCUGAGGAGAAGCGAAAGCGAGAGGCUGCUGAACGUCGCGAGAAAGCCCACCAGGCUGCUCUGGCUGCUCGAUCCGAGGACAACCUGCGAUCCCCUAUUUGCUGUAUUCUCGGUCACGUCGAUACCGGAAAGACCAAGCUUCUGGACAAGAUCCGACAGACCAACGUCCAGGAAGGCGAAGCUGGUGGUAUUACACAGCAAAUCGGUGCCACAUACUUCCCCGUUGAGGCCAUCCGACAGAAGACGGCGGUUGUCAACCCCGAUGGCAAGUUCGACUUCAAGGUCCCUGGUCUUCUCAUCAUCGAUACCCCUGGUCACGAGUCCUUCUCUAACCUCCGAUCUCGUGGAUCUUCGCUCUGUAACAUUGCCAUUCUGGUCGUCGAUAUCAUGCACGGUCUCGAGCCCCAAACCCUCGAGUCCAUGAAGAUGCUGCGAGACCGCAAAACUCCCUUCAUUGUCGCCCUCAACAAGAUCGAUCGUCUGUACGGCUGGAAGCAAGUCGCCAAUAACGGAUUCCAGGACAGUUUGGCCCUUCAGAGCAAGGCUGUCCGCAACGAAUUCGAGACCCGUCUCGAAAAGACAAAGAUCGCUUUUGCCGAGCAAGGUUUCAACUCUGAGCUCUUCUACCAGAACAAGUCCAUGUCCAAGUACGUCUCGCUUGUGCCCACUUCAGCACACACUGGUGAGGGUGUCCCCGAUAUGUUGAAACUCAUUGUUCAACUCACCCAAGAGCGUAUGGUUGGUUCUCUCAUGUACCUUUCUGAGGUUCAGGCCACCGUUCUUGAGGUCAAGGCCAUUGAAGGUUUCGGUAUGACCAUUGAUGUCGUCCUGUCCAACGGUAUUCUGCGAGAGGGUGAUCGCAUUGUGCUAUGUGGUACAGAAGGUGCUAUCAAGACAAAUAUCAGAGCUCUGCUUACACCCGCGCCUCUACGAGAAUUGCGUCUCAAGUCGGCCUAUGUCCACAACAAGGAGGUCAAGGCCGCACUGGGUGUCAAAAUCAGUGCCCCUGGUCUCGAGGGUGCCAUCGCUGGUUCUCGUCUGAUGGUUGUUGGACCCGAUGACGAUGAAGAUGAUAUCGAGGAUGAGGUUGAGGCCGAUCUCGCUGUUCUCUUCAACCGUGUCGAGAAGUCUGGUCGUGGUGUCAGCGUCCAGGCCUCAACCCUGGGUUCGCUCGAGGCUCUGCUCGAUUUCCUUAGGGAGUCCAAGAUUCCUGUCGCCAAUGUUGGUAUCGGACCUGUCUACAAGCGUGAUGUGAUGCAGUGUGGUGUCAUGUUGGAAAAGGCUCCGGACCUGGCCAUUAUGUUGUGUUUCGAUGUCAAGGUUGACAAGGAAGCACAGCAGUAUGCCGACGAUCAAGGUAUCAAGAUCUUCACAGCUGAUAUUAUUUACCAUCUGUUUGAUGCCUUCACCAAGCACAUGAACGAGCAGCUUGAGAAAAAGAAGGAAGAGUCCAAGAUGCUUGCUGUCUUCCCUUGUGUCCUCAAGCCCGUCAAGGUCUUCAACAAGAACGACCCUAUCGUUAUUGGUGUGGAUGUCACUGAGGGUCAGCUCCGAAUCAACUGUCCUGUUGCCGCCGUCAGGAACAACCCUACCACUGGUGCCAAGGAAAUCAUCAAGCUGGGCAGAGUCACAUCGAUUGAGAGAGAGCACAAGCAGAUCCCUGUGUGCAAGCGCAAGGAACCAUCAGUCGCUAUCAAGAUCGAGAUGGGCAGUAACCAGCCCAUGUACGGUCGUCACCUUGAAGAAGAGGAGACUCUGUACAGUCUGAUCUCCCGAAAGAGCAUUGACACCCUCAAGGAGUUCUACCGAAAGGACGUCAGUAAUGAGGAGUGGCAGCUCAUCAUCAAGCUCAAGCCUUUGUUCGACAUUUAA